AAGCGGGUUGUCGUGAAAGUUACAGUCGGAAAUUCGCAUGUUCGCUUUAGUUUAUUGAACGAGUGAGUAGUAGCUGCUGCCUAUCCAAUAUCCAUUUUGUUCGUUCCACGGUGAGAGGGGAAACUGAAAAUUAUUGCAACACUAUACGGUUUCUCUUAUUUAAUUUUGUCACCAGCCGGAGUUGAUUACAAAUUAAACGAAAAAUCUCGGGGAAAUAUAUUGCAAAAUAUUGCCUGUUGUUCGACUCGACUAGCAGUGAUUUUCUACGCGUGAUCAGUUCGUGUUUGCAUCCGUGUGUGGGAAGCGAAGGAGGAGGCGGAAAAUUUCUCCGUGCAGUGUUUUGAAGCAAACCAAAACUGCUGCAUCAAUCCAAUAUGGAGCGAGCGGUGGCAGUAUCAGCAGCAUGACGGUGGGGGAGAAAUAAUAGUUACCGCUGCAGUGCUUUUUGGUGGUGACAUGGAAAUUAACAUCAUAGGAUAGUAAAGUUCUGUACAGUGCUGAAACUGCAAUAUUCGGUGCUUCUGUUUUAAACCCAGAAGCGCAUUUCGAACGAAAUCUGGUGAACGCAGCAGCUUAUAGGAAAAAAUUGAUGUGUGUAACCUGAUUUGUCUCCGUCAGUAAAACACUACUGUGGAAAACAGCAUGGAUAUCAUCACUCAAGUAGCGAAUGAUGGAACAACAUCGAAAAAUAGCGAAAAAAAUCUCCAAGCGUCGUCACCCACAUUUUUUCUGCCCUCUGUCGGUGCUUCCUCGUUUAACGACAGGGACUGCCAGCGCUCGCUUACCGGUGUGGAACCCAUCGAGGAAACGAGAGCGAAAGCAACGAUCAUCUGUGACCUAGAUCUGCACACACCGCCGGUGUUUGGCGGAAAAGAUCGUACCUACCAUCAUCAUUUGCUGGUGCAGCAUCAACACCACCAUCAUCAUCAUCACCAUCACCACCUCCACCACAACAAGCUCCACAAUUUGCAACUUCAGCUGAACGGUACUUCAGCUGCUAAUAGCGUCAACAAAUCUCCCACCGCCAACAGCAUCGACAUGCGGGACAACUACUGCUUCUACCGAUUGCAGCGGUUUAUCUCGCGUAACCCGAUGCUUAACUACCUGCUGCCACUGUGCGUGAUUGCAGUGCUAGUGUUUGUGAUUUACGCCUUUCGUGAUUACGCCAAAACGCUUCUGUACUGGAUUGAAACACAAAACUCGUGGAUCAUAUUCGGCAUCUUCCUGUGUUUGUUCACAAUCGUUAGCUUCCCAGUGACGGUUGGAUAUUUGGUGCUAAUCAUAAGCAGCGGCUAUCUGUUUGGUUUCGUCAAAGGUCUCCUAACGGUGGUAAUCGGUGCCAAUCUGGGCGUAGCCAUCGCACACAACACCAUCAAGGGACUUCAGACCAAGCUGCCAUUGCAUAAGUUGAUAAAGAAUGAGACCGCCCGAGCCAUUCUACGCGUGAUAUCGGGACCACGGGCGUUCAAAAUAGUAUUAUUCGCCAGACUGACGCCGAUACCGUUUGGACUGCAGAACACCAUCUUUGGGCUCAGCGCGGUGAAUGCACGAAGCUACCACACCGGUACGGUGAUAGGACUGUUGCCGGCGCAAACCAUCAACGUCUAUCUCGGUUCCAAACUGCGCUCGAUCCAUGAAGUGCUCAACGAUCACAAUGCUGCUCUUGGUCUUGCUGGGUACGGCGUGUUCGUGGUAGAGGUCAUUGUCGGCGCUGCUCUGAUGGUUUGGGUGAUACAGAAAGCCCGCACGGAGUUAUCCGCCGCUCUGCUGUCCGAUAUGGAAACAGAUGACAAGAUACUGAUUGAAAUCGAGGCAUAGGACUGUUUGAACGAUUUAUCGAAAAACGUCUCGACUGUUGCAUAUAUGUUGAAAUAAAACUAUAAGCUAAGGAUAAUUAUAUAGAAAGCUCGAGUCAAGCCGAAUAUUUUAAGCAGAUGAUGGCGAUAAAGGAUGUGCCUAGAAGGGAGUGUUCAGGCAGAGUCUGGAUAACAGUGUCGUUCCUAUGAAAAAAAAGUCAGGUAAGAGUUUGUUUUCAGAUGGUAUCAAAAUAUCAGAUUAGGUACUCCAAAAUAAUUACAGAUUACUUUGGAACAUUGUAGCAGAAUCUCAACUAAAUAAGGCAAGAAAGAAAUUGUUGAUCAUGCAGAUGAUUACUACUUGCAAAAUUGAACGUAUUUUUUGCCUAAUUUAUUGAAAUAUCAGGUACUGCAAGUCAGAUGAAAUGGAACGGAAUAUUACUCAAUUAUUAAAUCUAAAACAAUAUUAUAACUCCGAAGAGUCUAUCGUUGUGUUGCCUCUGAUAAACCGUCCAAGCUAUUUUUAUAUUUAAAGAUUGAUAGAUUUUUUACAAAUUUUGUCCACUACUUUGUCAGCAGCGGUAAGGAAGAUAAUGCAAUUUAUUUGGUUUCUAACAGCAAACAACAAUAAUAGAGUUAAUUGAUAAACAAACAUCGAGUAUGACACGUAUAUCGAAUGGCGAGUACCUCGAAAAAAAAAAUACGACAGGAUGUUUGAAAUGAAACCGCACCUAACGAACGUGCGUUGAAUUAUAUUGAAACUCUUAUCGUUGUGCAAAUUUGAAAGACAUACAUUUUAGUUAUUGAAUAGCGGAUGUCGUAUUUUCAUCAAAUCCGUCGCUCGCGAAUGAGAUUUUGGUAGCAAAUUCUAGAAUAUCAUUUUUGCUGAAUUAAAAUCAGAUAUUCCGUUUUCAAAAAUAAGAUCAAUUAUCUGAAACGUUAUAUGCCGACUAUUUGAAAUCACCUAAACACUAGUUUUAUACUAUCUGAUUUGUCAGUGACUUUAAGGUUCAAACACGCGUCAUUGAUUUCUGGAAUUUCAUGUUCAUGAAACUGUUCUCACUUCAUUAUUUGCGUCUAUCAGAACGCAAUCACAAAUGUUCGUGAACGUAACUUUUAUUUUGAGCAUAAAAACUGUUUUGAAAUCCCAAAAAUCAAAAAUGCGUGUCUGAACCUUAAACAAAAAAACAACAAAAUCGAUAAAAUUUAAAACUAAGUUCUAUUCUGACAAAUAAGAUGGUGAAGGGCACUAUUAAUAUGUUUUGUUGCUAGCAAUACCAAGUUGUACCAUUGCAUUACCACAAAGUGCAUCAGUUGGUAGCAAAAACAAUCAGUACAAAUCUGAAAAACUGCAAAACGUUGACUUCCUGCCUAUUUAUAGUAUAUUUCCGAGUAGUAAAAAAAUCAAAUGAAUUACCAACAAACUACCUAUUCGGUUUUCGCAAAGCUAAAUAAAAGUGUCAUUAUUUUUAAAAUUUUAUGUUCCAAGAGCCCUUUGCUCAGCAAUUGUGAUAGAAAAAAAGUGUUUCUUUAGAAGAUUCUGCCUAGCGUAAGAUAAGGCCUGAAACGCCACCGAAGAAGAUGCGUUUUCAAUGUUCUCCCGUGUUUUCUGUUAUUUAUUUUUUGUUUCAUUGUACAAACUACCGUAACUGUAAAUCCUGCACCGUAAUAUUAUAGCAAUUAAGAUAACCUUAAAAAGACUAUGAAUUCUGAAUUAAACUUGCAAUGU